UGUAUGUUUUAUCAAGGAAAGCGACACUUACGUCGGUGAGAAAUCAUUCGCUUGCAAGGGCGUAAUUGAAACACUAGCAAUGAAAUUUUAUAUUUAAAUUUUAACGUUGCAAAAUAAUUCCAUAUCUGACAGGCAUAAAAAGAUUAUGAUGUAAUAAAAUGGCAGCUGCAAAGGAAGGAAUAGUUAAAGAUAUGUGUAUAUAUGAGGCAUUAGAAAACUUGGGAUUUUCGAAAGAUUUGACAGUGAAACGGUGGAAAAUCAGCGAUAAUGCUGAAAUAAGUGGGACUAGAAUUACAAAAAGAAAUUGGCGUACUAAUAUAGAUGUCAUUGUCGCUGGGAGCCGCGGAGAAGGGACUGGGGUUGCCUUUGAAUCAGAUGCCGACGUAAUAUUUGUAGAUCGUUCAAUAAAAUGUUUUGAAAAUACACCGUCUCAUCAUGAAAAAGCAAGAUAUGAUGCAGUAUUUAAACUUGAUACACGUAAAGACUAUGUUCCACCGGGUUACUCAUUUUUAGAGAAAGUUUCACUAAAGGAGAAGGAAGACAAUUCAAUGUUCUUAGGAUUUCUAAAAUCGGCCAUUACCCGAGUCAACAGAAAACAAUACUUACGAAAUAAUGGCGAUUUCAUAGGUGCAAUAGCAAAUAAUGCAGCUAGGGAGAACUCUGGAUGGUUUGGACGACAAUUCCAGAUAGAAACUCCCUCUGGGCCAUCAAAGCCUUUUAAAAUUCCAAUACCUUUCAUCGAUACUGGACAUGUGUCCAUAGAUUAUGUAGCAGCUUUUCCUUGUUCAUUUCCUUCAAUAGAGCAGUGGUGUGCUAGAAAAAGAAUGUUCGGCUGGCCUAAUAAAGAUUUAAUAGACGCUAUCAGAAAUUUUGAUGUCUUUGUAGUUCCUGUUGGAAUGACCAAUACAGACAUCGACCGGCUGCAAUGGAGGUUGUCCUUCACCUUAGCAGAACGAGAGCUGGUGCGUUCUUUUAACGACGUGCAAAUCAAAUUGUACGCGGUGAUGAAAAUGUUAACAAAACGCCAUCUCAAACCUGUUUGUGAAAAUAUUUCUUCCUAUAUGAUCAAAAAUGUAAUAUUCUGGGUGCUUGAGGACACACCCAAUGACUUUUUUACAAGAGAAAAUUUCUGCGAAAUACUAUCAGUUACACUUGGCAGACUAAAAACGUACUUAGUAGCAGAAUAUCUACCAAAUUAUAUGAUGUGUGAAAGGAAUUUGCUAGAUGAUAAAAUAUCGAAAAGUGAGGGAAUUUGCUUGCUGAGCCGUCUAGACGAAGUAAUGCAAGAUGUGAGCAAAGCAGUAUUUGAGUGUCCUUUGAUAUACGAAAAAGAAGUUCACUCAGAAAAAAAGAGAUGGCUAUCUGUACUUGAACAGCUACUUGCUGGAAUCUUUGCGAUACCACCGCAUCAAUGCGACGACGUUGAGAAGGAGCUGCAUGCUGCAAAUUCACCUUUUGAGAUUUUACACAUUCUGUUGAAAGGUGUCGUUCCAACUAUUCGACAAACAAAUCCCUAUGGUUUCUUCGAUCUCUUAAUUUCAAUGUCAGAUCAAGAAAUAAUAGAAGCCGGAAUGAAGUGCAUCAAAAAUGCCGAGGACUUGAUGAUUUUUUUCCCUUAAACGAUUAUAUACAACGUUUGUUAAACUUAUCAGAUUGUAAGACAUACAAAAACUAAUCUAAAGAGAAACAAUUCAAGAUGCCGUCCAACACGGCCAAAUGGAACGAUUUGCGAGCUGGGUUUGAUUUGCCUAUUGAUAGACUCCUACCUUCCACGACCGCUUAAAACGGCUAGAGCAGAAUGCAAUUAAAUCAUGAAAAUUGUGUAACGUGGAAUCAUUCACCUGUUCAUGAAUUGGAAAUGCUUUAGAUUCAAAACUUAGAACCCUUGUAAGACGCAUUCAUGACGCAUUUUACCACACGUGAACAACUUAAAAUGUAUUCAAAUCAUUAUGCAAGGAAGUUAUAGUCGAUGGCAAGUUUGACGUGAGUCAACAUUGAAACUAGUUUUUCAAGAUUUAACACGCCUAGCCAAUUAAAUUAUGCAUGUGAUGUAACUGGACAAAUAUACAUAUCAGAAUGAAUUUUCAUUAUAAUCUCGUUUACAUACAUGCUUCAAACUGAAGUAGAUUUCAAUUUUAUGUAGCCAAAAAUAUAGCAUUAUGUAAAAAUUUAAAAUGAUGUUUGGGUAGGAUAGAAGAUUUUUGUUUUUAAAUUCUUAUCUUAGUUCAUUUAAGUCAUGAAUGUUUUCCCAUCAAAUUAGCCUUUCAAUUUAGGGAAAGUGCAAUAUCUAUAUACCAGUAUUUAAUCACUUUCCUUUAAUUACAUGUAUAUCAUUCGGAGGCCGGAUAUGUCAUGAUCCUGUAUCGUUUAUCAUCCUCUGUAUUUUUGUGUGUGUCAUUUGUACGAUAACCACCGCACUACUGAUUUCUUUUUCGAUAUCUCUGAUGUAUAAAACACUUACAAACUUUGAUCUGGCGUAUGCACAAGUCCUAACUAUCUUUCGUUUCAACUUUUCUUCCGCAAUCAUUUGUACAUAACUUCCUGUUGACGCUCACAAUCAAAACUCUGCAGUACGAAUACAUUAAUGUUUAAGAUGUAAAGUUUUUUAUAGUUUACCACAAUUAUUGAGAAAAUUAUUAGAUUUGUCCACGAACCUCUGGAUAACGCCUCGUAUAUGCUAUAUAAUAUUGCUGGUGUCAUUGCUUCAUGAGAUAUCAAUAAAGUAAAAUCGACAUAAUUCAAAUAAGAAAAUUUCAAGUCAAAUUGUAUUAGUGCACUUAACUGUAUUUGGAAACGUGAUUAGAGUAGCAAAAUGAAGUAUGCUGUACAAUUUUUUUUUGAUAUACAAAACUACUUCAAAUUAUGACAAGAAAUAAGACUAAACAAGAAACGAAUAGUAAAUACAAUGAAAGA